UUCAAAUCAUUGCCAAUUGGCUUAACCUCAUUCCUAACCAGGAGUCAAGCAAAAUCCGAUAAAUCGGCCAAAAUAAACACCACAACCAGCAGCAGCAACAACACGCCGUCAAUAAUGGCAGCUUCAUCACAAAAAAAGGACACCAACAGUACGCCGCUAUUUCGCUCCAACUUCGCCAGCGCUCCUUCAAGUACACAGUCAGCUAUUCCACCGUCGCUGUCAAAGACGUCGUCAUCAUUGCUUUCGGCGACAGAUCACAAGACCUCUUCUUCUUCCACGUCCUCAUUUUCGACCAUUCAAUACGAUCACGAGACGUAUUUGGAGUUACUGGCUGGGAAGAGCAGCUCCGUAGAAAAGACGGCCAGUCAGAUUUAUAGAGAGGAACGAGCACGACAGCUCAGCCUCAGAGCUCAGGAUCCUGCUGUACUGUCAGGACCCAUGGACCUCGACGACUUUGCGACUCACCACCAUACAGGUGGAUAUUACGGAGAAAAUGAGACUAGAAAAUGACAUGUUUAGGCGAUGGUCCACAGAGAUAUCUGGGUUUCGACUCCGCCGGCGAAUUAGAUGUCAAUAUUAACGACCUGACGACGAUGAUAAACAAUCAUAUUAAUUUACUUGCACUGAU